GUGUUAAAAUCGCAUAUGCCGCUCAUGGAGGUCUCAUGUGCCUCCUGUUUUGCAAGUUUGGAAAACAAUCUGAUAGUGUGCAGUCGGCGAUCAUCAAAAGGCAUCAGGAAUUAUCGCGACCUGUGAACUCUACUCCCUCUCCCACUGACGACCCCGAGCAACCUCUCUCAAAGCCAUCAGCUGAGCCAAGACGUCUUACACCCGAAGAGCGCCAACUGUUUCAGAAUCCGGAUGAACUGCACGGGAAGCAAUUCGUCCUCUCACACGAUUCAGAUGGAUCUGGGAUGUAUGAGAUUAUUGGAUACCACAGGAAGAGAGAUAAAUCGGUCCAAUACGAAGUACUUUUUGAUGAUUGUGAGGAUCCAAUGUUGCUCGACGGGGGGGAGGUGAUGAAAAUGUUGGAAGAUAGCCUUUACAUUCCCAAUCCUAGUUGAUCAUCCCGUUGCCACAAUACAAAAGC